CACCGUCCUUAGUGUCCAAUAGCGGCGAAGAAGAACCCUCCGCGCGGGGGAGCUCCCCGCCUAGCUUGCGUGAGGGGAGCCAAUCAGCAGCUGCGCGUGGGGAGGGCUGAGCCAAUAGGAGGAGAGAGUCCGUUUAUCGCGGGCGCGAAAUGGAGGGACGUUUUGAACUCGGUCAGUUGGGGAGUGACAGCUUUCUUUGCCUGCUCUAUUAACCAACAACGAAGUGCCCGAUGUCGAGAACCAGCUUGAAUAAUGGCCCAAGUGGAAGACAGCGAUGAAGUGGCGAAGCUUGAAAAGGAAAUAAAGGCAUUUUGGACUAAGUUUAAGACAACUUGUUGCCACGAAUCCCUUGACCAGACCUUGAGACUAAGAGAUGUGUGGAGUGAGACCAUAACCUCACUUACAGACAAAUGGUCCACGAGAUUGAAAGAGGGAGAUGAGAUUAUCAACAAAGUUCAUGAAUAUACAAAUGAGUGUUGUCAAAAGAACAAAUCAUUUGAAGAAAAACAGGAGAAAUUAUCAGAAGUUCUUGCUAAUAUUGAGGAUUGCCGAAAAGAAGAGAAAGACUUAAUGGAAAAUAUUCAAGAACUCAAAGAAGAAUUGAUCAGGAAAAGUAAAACUAAAAGCAAGGCCACUGAAGAAAUGGAGGAAAGACUACAUAAGGCAGAAAUACUAUUUAAAGAACGCCUUGGGCUAGAAAUACGCAAAACCUGCGCCAAUCAUCUGCAAUUUAUAUUCCGCUGUAUUGACCACAAAGAUUUUGACAAGCCAUACACACUUACCCUUUCUAUAAAUGAAGACGGAGCUUAUGAAGUGAUCUCUUGUUCUCCUCCCCUGGACUGUAUAGAAGAGCUGCAGCUCAAAGUGAGAGAAACCAACAAUUUUUCUGCAUUUAUUGCUAAUGUUAGAAAAGCCUUCAUUGCUUUGUCUUACAAAUGAUGUAUUCCUUUAUUUGUAAAUAUGUGUGUAUUCCUAUUUGUUUUGUCACUUUUACUGUACUUAGAAAAAAAGUUAGAAUAGUUGAUGAUUUGUUCUUCAAGACAGAACUGGGGAAGAGACUGAACAUAGGCCACACAAUCUGUAAGAAUCAUCCAUUGUCUUCCAAUGAAUUUAAGAGAGAGAAGUUGCAUUUGUGGACAUGAGGUUUUGCUUUCUCUGGUAGUAUAGAUUUGUAGGCUACCCAAUGUUGCAAAAUGCUACUUUUUCGUAGUUCCUAGGUUUCCUAGCCUAUCUGCCCAUGAACCUUGACUGUACCAAUCUCUAUGAAUGGAUUGUAGGGGAUUUUGUUUUUGUUUUUGCUUGCCCUAGCUUAAGCUUUGUUAUAAGAAGCAAACAGAAUCAGGUUUUUCCCAGUACUAUACAUACUAAUCCUGCAACAAUCAGCAUGGAAUAUCGAGAAACUAAUAAUUAAAUGGGAAGUUAAUUUGUAGUUCUUAUAACUGCAGUUUUAUUUGUCUACUCAGAAGUAACAAUAAAUUCAGUGAGAUUUACUCAUUGCUUUAAAAUGAGACCAAAAUAAAUUAGGUUUGGUAAUUAUGUUCAAUUUUUAUGAUACUAUUAUAAUUCACCAAAGGAAAGUUACCUUUUUUGUACUGUCUCUUCAGAGCUUCCUACACAGGAAGCUACUAUGCAGAAUUAGUUUCAGAUCCAAACCUAGGAAGGGUAGGCAUUUAGAAAAAAAAAACUGAACCAUUGUCUUGUCAAGUUGAAUAAAUCAUAUUGUAAGCUG